UUAUUGAGGCAACGUUUAACGCCAAACGCGUAUUCAUCGUGUACAAGCACUGCAUUUGUGUGAGUAUGAGCCAUUGAAAACUUACUAGAAAAUAACCACUAUGGCUAGGAUGAUCUGUGUCAUGGCGUAUUGACGAUAGGCUAGGUUGGCGAAAUGUGAUAUGUUGGUAUUAGUGGUACUGUUUUUUUUUUUCUUUUCUUUUUUUCUUGUAGUGUCAAAAGGUGCCAAAAUUCAUAGCAGCUGGGAAGGGUUACUGUGUUUUACAUUAAAGUUUCAUAUUGUUGCGUAUUAUCUAUAAUAAUGGAAUCUGACUUUUCGGGCGUGAAUUUGGAAGAUCGUGAAGAAGGUGAAAUCGUGGACGAUGAUUUUGAGGAUAUUUCGGAUAAUUCCAUCAUUGUUCCAAUUUUCUCUGGUAAGUCUGUAUCAACUAAAGAACAUUUACCUGCUAUUUCUUUAAGUAGCGUUACCGAUGCGGAUGAACCGAAAAGUGAGAAUAAACCACGGCACCGUCACAAAGUUACAAGAAAAAAAAUUUCCAAAUCCAAGAAAAGAAGAAAUAGUCACCGAAAGUCAACUUGCAGUGAUUCUGAUAGUGAUGAAUACUUGGAAUUAGAUAGAAAAUUGCAAAAACAGUUGAAAGCUGCUAUUCGGGUGGAUGACACUGAAGAGAAACACAAAAAUAGCUUACAGUCAAGGCUAAAAGCUAUGACAAAAUUAGAUGAAUCAGACAGUUGUAUGGAAAAAAAUGAUAAUAAAAAGAUUGAGGAAAAAGACACUUCAGAUGAAGGGGAUAGUGAAUUGGCUGAGUUGAGAUUGGAAGCUUUACGUACGGCCGUUUUAAAUAAAUUUAUGCAUCGAAAAAAGAGAAAAGUAAAGGAAAGUAAUGAUCAUGAUGUUUUAUCAGAUGCCUCUGUCAAAACAGAUAAUUCUGAAACUAAUAAAGAAAAUAAUCAUAAUACGAUAGAGAACUGUCCAAAAAAAAUCUGUAUAGAGAAUUCAGUUAUACAAAAUAAAGAAAAUAAAGUAGAAAUUACAAAUAAUGUUAUAGAAAAUAAUACUCCACCCGAGGAAGAUGAAGAUGUCUUAAGGGCUUUGUUGUUAGCUUCAAUGUCGAGAAAAAUUACUAGUGAAAAAGAAACGAAGAGAACUGUUUUACCGCUAACAAAUAAUGGGAUCAAGCAUACAUUACGAAAUGUAGAUGAAAAGAGAGAAACAGCAAAUUUACCUAUAAACAAUGUAGUUAAUUUUAAAAACCGUGUAACUAAAAUUAAUAUUGCAAUGAAAAAUCUACAGUUGCCAGUAGUUAAACCUCUGAUAAUUAAUAUAAAUAAAGAUUCAGAUUCAGAGGAUGAUCUCUUUAAUAAAGCAAUUAAAAAUACAGGUACUCAGAUAGUUCAACAGAAACAGAUUGAUAUGGAAAUUGAGCAAAGCGUAGAUAAAUUUUUAAAGGAACAAAGAGCGAAAGUUGAAGCACAACUGUCUCCUAUACCAAAGUGUCCAGCGAAACCUAAAAACUCCUCACUUAUUCUAGAAAAAUCAUGUGUUAAAUUGUUGCCUAAAGUAAAACAAGUAGAAUACCAAAAAUUAUUACAGAGAUUAAAAAAUGCCGAAAAGAAACCGAGGGUAAGAAGACUGUCUCACAAACUGAGUAGCGAGGGAAAACCCGUUGCAUGUACGUCCAAAAAAAUUGUCCGACCUAAAUUGCCAGCUGGUAAACAAGUAACUGUGUCAAAAGUGGAUCCCGCCCAGAACGAUAAGAGUGAAGUCCGAACACUACACAAAAUUCUGAAGGAAAUUCAAGUUCAAAAGAAUGGAAGAUUACAGAUCCAAGAAAAAUAUAAAGUACUUAUGCCUGUAAUUAAGAAAAUUAACGAAGCAAGUUUAGAAAGAAGAAAGUGUGAGGAUGAAGUCAAACGUCUACUUCAGGAGAUAGCGGACAUGAAGAAGAAACUGACAAAGUCGCAACAGGACUUCAAUAAUCAAGUUAGCAAUCUGGUUCGAGAAAAAGAACGAAUUGAUAAGAGUAUGCCUACGAAAAAAACUGAACUCGCCGAAGACAAAAAGGCACGUUUCACAUCAUCGACACCAAUAAAAGACAAACCGUCCGUAGUUUCAUUCGAAACGAGUUCUCUUCCCACUAUCACUCCCAAUAACACACUUCCGUUAUCUGAAAAAAUUGCAGAGCCCCGUGUGGGAAACCGAAAGGAAGAGGAUGUCGUGGAUGCACCUCUAAACCCAGGGGACUCCAACGAUAUCGAUAUAAUCUGUAGCAAACAGAAAAAUACGUUUCCGAAAUACAUAUCACCGUUAGACAAAGUAAAAAGUUACGGACGACCCGUUUUCCAUCGUAUGUCCGUACGAUGUGGAUGGCAAUUGCCGGGAUCCCGAGUGCAUUUAUAAACAUUUACUCAAGUGAAAUAAACUAACAGUGUCAUCUAACUUUAUCUUCUAUAGAGCCAGUUUUUUUUUCCUUUAAAUCUUAGUGUACCAUAGUUUCCCUCUAUUUAUUGGAGUCGAUAUAUAUUUUUUGUAAUUGUAGCGAGCUUUUAUAAUGUCUGUUUAUAAAUAUACUGUUACCAGUUCUUGUGAUAAAAUACUAAACAUUAUGAAAGCCGGUAAGGUUUAUAUAGAGACUAUAUAUUUAAAGUACAAAUUUUAGAGUUUGCCAUUAUUUUUUCAGUUUCCUUUAGGACUGGUGAAUUUUUUAACCAAAGUAGUUUUCUACUCUGUUUUCUACUAUGUUUUGUACAUAUACGUUACUUUUUAUGUUGUCUUGAGAUACUAUUAAAUAUUUUUGUAUAUAAAAUUGCAAA